AUGCUGGCCCAUGAAGGACACUUGGAAAUUAUUGGUACAAAGCAGAAUUUGCGUACUAAAAUGUGGGGGCCAAGAGUUGAGAAAGAUGUGGAGAAAUUUGUAAAAACGUGUCAUGGUUCUCAAAUUACUGCAAGAGCCAAUGCACCAGAGCCGAUUAGAAAUACAACGUUGGCAAUGGGACCAUGGCAAGAUUUAGCAUAUUUUUUAGGACCAUUUCCCUCUGGCGAAUCGGUAUUAGUCGUCAUGGAUUACUACAACAGAUAUUAUGAAUAUGCCAUAAUGAAAUCGACAACAGCUGAAAAGACUGUAGCAGCGAUGAGAGAAAUGUUUGCGAGACAUGGCUUGCCAGUCACCCUUUACUCGGACAAUGGCCCGCAAUUUAUUUCUCAGACAUUUUCUGAAUUUAUGGAAAAGAUGGGGGUGCGUCAUCACCGUGUUACUCCAAAAUGGCCACAGGCCAACGGAGAAGUAGAAAGGCAGAAUCAAUCACUGGGGAAAAGGAUAAAAUUGCCCAUGCCGAAGGGAAAGACUGGAAAGAUGAAAUUCUAA